CGAGAGUUAUUGGUAACAGAAGGGUCACAUGUUACCGAAAUAGAACUAUUAAGCAGAGGAAUUAAAGUUAUAAGUGAAAAAAAUAUAAGAAGGCAAAAAAGAUUGUUCACAUUCAAAAUGGUGGCUACAUGUUUUUCACGUCUUCCCGCUUUAAAGGGUGUUGACAUGAUAAAGCAAUGGCAACUCUAGAACUAACUUCAGCACCAGGAGGUGAAAAUCGUUUGCUGUCAUUAAGAGUAACUCCGGAGCAAGAAAUUGCCAUCUAUGCUUUCUUCCAGAUCAAUGGAUGGACAAUUAUCACAGAGGAAGUUCCAAAGCAGUGUGAAAUCUGUCAGAAAGCCAUCAAUGGGGAGACACCAGAACCCGUUCAUUGUCAAAAAUGUCAGCGGGAGAUUGAGGCAGAGUCCAAACAAACGGAGGAUGAAUCUCAAGACCAGACGAGCGUGAUUGGGCAACUGUCGCAGCAGCCCAACCAAUCACAGCAAGGCUCUGUAAUAGCGCUACAGGAUCAGAUGGGAAGGAAGGUGGUUGUCGUUGGUAACACUAUGACCAUGACCAAUCAAAAGAUACAGGCCUUACCGCACGUACCUUCUACAGUUAUACAGCAUGCAGAUGGCAAUGAAACCAUCAUCAUUGAGCGCAUACUGGAGGCAGACCAACAACAAAAGGCUGACGUAGAACGAGCCCUGGGGGUCACACUACAGAAGGCCGUGGAAGCAGUCCCCCCAAAGAUCUACAACCUUAACAACAGCUCUGAGAACCGGCCGUACAAAUGUGAUGACUGUGGGAAACAUUUCAGGAAGAAAACUCAUGUUCUUGCUCACAUGAAAUUUCACAGUGGAGAGUCGCUUCCCAAAUGUGAUGUGUGUGGGAAGGAGUUUCUUUACAAGCACAAUCUAAUUUCCCAUGCAUCCAUACACAGUGGAGAGAGGCCAUAUCAGUGUAGUGCCUGUCCUAAAAACUUCCGUCGCAAAGACGAUUUACAGAUCCAUAUGCGAACACACACUGGUGAGCGCCCGUACAAGUGUGAUAUUUGUGGAAAGUGCUUCACAACUCAGAACCAGCUUCCCAAGCAUAAACGCACACACACAGGUGAGAAGCCCUAUCAAUGCAAGGUGUGUACUAAGAGUUUCCGUACGAAGCCACACCUAGAAAAGCAUCACAGGACCCACAGCGGAGAGAGACCGUACAGGUGUCAAGAAUGUGGGCGGGCUUUUACCCAGAACGCCCAUCUCUUGGCACACCAGAGAACACACACGGGAGAGAAGCCAUUCAAGUGUGAUGAGUGUGAUAAAGCAUUCAAAGAGAGCAAGACCUUGAAAAGACAUAAACUUAUCCACAAAAAUGGCAUGCCCUUCAGCUGUCCUAUCUGCUUCAAAGGAUUUCUGAGGCAGCAAAAUUUAGAGGUUCACAUGUGUGUCCACUCUGAAGAUGAGCCAAAGUACAAGCGUAAAUUACGCCUCAAGCGAGAGUUGAUUGAGCGACUAAGGGCGGAGGAAGAUGCAGAGGGAGGGCUACAGAUGGAUGUAAGCAAUGAUUUCUCUGCUCUUAACCAUGACCACAUGGAGAUGGUUAAAAGUAGGAAGGCAGAUGGUAUGGAGGACCUGAGCAUGGAAAGUCAAAAUAUCAUCGAGGAAGAGGUGUCUGGUCUUGAUCAUGAUCAUCUUGCUCUUGAUGGGAAAGACGAAACGGAAUCAGCCACUGAAAAGAUGACAGAGGAGAAUGGUCCGAUGGAAUCGAGUGAGGAUACCAAUCAGAACUCGAUCGCCAGCAGUCUGCUGACCCUGGUGGAGAUGAUCACUAGUGCGGAACAGGGAGGGUCACUGCCAGCUAAUGCACAGCAAGUACAGGUGUCUGGUGAUGUUCGCACUCAGCCCUCUUCUGCAAACUCGGUGAUUUCUACAGCAACAGUUCAAAAUGAGGACCAGAAAAAUAUCCUUAUCCAAGGGAAUAACUCAGCUGACGUGGUCAUUCAGAAUGCGAUGGAUCAAGGUCAGUCCACAGAAAUGGGUCAGGAUGGACUGUCACAGAACAUCAUCAUCACCACGGAGGUGGAAGGCGGCGAACAACAGAUAAUUCAGACAAUGACGGGGGAGUUUGGUGAUGGUGAGACGUAUGUCGUCCAGUACGUACAGGAUGACUCCUGAGUAACCUUCACCUCUUCCUAGUGAACUUCACCCCCAUACAAUUCUGGAUUAAUGUUUAUUCACAUUCAAACAUUAUGUAUUUAUACUGAGUUUGUUUGCAAAUUCCUUAUUUUAAUCUCUGAAAUAUUGUAAAAAUUUAUUGUGAGAUGAGUUUGUCAUAUAUAUGACAGCAGUUGAAUGACAUUCUCCUGAGGGCAAAGACAUGAAUGUAGCAGAGAUUUAUUUUUUAUAAGAAAUUCUUAAGCUUUCUGGUACCUUGUACAUUACUGAAUAGCAAAUAAUACAAAAUUGCAUUACUCAACAACUGUCCAUUGGUUAAAAGUUACGAAGAAUUAUAUCACUACAGUUCAGGGUUUGACCCGUAUUUAGCUCUGUUUGUUAUCUGUUAAAUUUUCAAUUUAUUUCUUUUCAUUUAUAUUAAAUUUUCAAUUCAUUUCUUUUCGUUUAUAUUUCCAGUUGAACAUUUGUGUGUUUUCAUGUAUUUUUCUGUUAGGUGUUGCAAAUUGAAAAAAAAAGUGAAUACAGAUGUUUGGAUUGAAAGAUUUUGCCAUAGUUGUUCAAGCAAAUGAUUAGGCCACUUGAUGUUUUUGGGCAGUAUGUAGCUACUGUACAAUGUCCGACACCCGUUUAUGCCGGGUAUUCUUGUUCAUGUGAUACUACAUGUAUAUUGUUAUAUUCCUCAUAAUAAAGCCUUCUACUAAUCA